AGAUACUGGAUGGCUUCAAAUGCAAGUCUGACUGUGGAUAAAGAAGCUUUGUUGGAAGAUGGGAUUCCCCCAGCAAAAAAGCCCAGGAAAUUAUUGCCAAGUCUGAAAACCAAGCGGCCCCAGGAGCUUGUGCUGGUGAUUGGGACUGGCAUAAGUGCGGCGGUGGCGCCUCAGGUGCCAGCCCUGAAAUCAUGGAAAGGCCUCAUCCAGGCCUUGCUGGACGCUGCUAUUGACUUUGACCUCCUUGAAGACGAGGAACGGAAAAAGUUUCAGAAAUGUCUCCGCGAAGAUAAGAAUCUCAUCCACGUUGCCCACGACCUGAUUCAGAAAUUGUCGCCACGCACAAGCAAUGUCCGUUCCACAUUCUUCAAAGACUGCUUGUACGAGGUCUUUGAUGACCUGGAGUCCAAAAUGGAAGACACUGGGAAACAGCUGCUUCAGUCCGUGCUCCAUCUGAUGGAAAAUGGUGCUCUUGUGCUCACCACCAACUUUGACAACCUGCUGGAAAUUUAUGCUGCGGACCAAGGGAAGCAGCUUGAAUCUCUCGACCUCACAGAUGAGAAAAAGGUGCUGGAGUGGGCACAGGAAAAAAGGAAGCUCAGCGUUUUACAUAUUCAUGGGGUGUACACAAACCCCAGUGGAAUAGUGCUGCAUCCUGCUGGCUACCAAAAUGUCCUACGCAACACAGAGGUUAUGCGGGAGAUCCAGAAGCUGUACGAAACAAAAUCCUUCUUGUUCCUGGGCUGUGGUUGGACUGUGGACGAUACCACAUUUCAGGCCCUCUUCUUAGAAGCUGUGAAGCACAAAUCCGACUUGGAGCAUUUCAUGCUUGUGCGCCGUGGUGAUGUGGAUGAGUUCAAGAAGCUCCGAGAAAACAUGCUGGACAAAGGGAUUAAAGUGAUUUCCUAUGGGAAUGAAUAUGCAGACUUGCCUGAAUAUUUUGAGAGGCUUACAGAUGAGAUCUCCAACCGGGGUCGAGCAGGUCUGCCUCGAGAAGGACAGCUAAAUGGCACAGCCGGAGCACACACGGAAAUGAAAGGUAUGGCAUUUACUUGA